AUGUUUCCAUCAAGUGAAUAUUCUAAUUUCAUUACAACGGAAAUUCCACUGCCAGUUUCAUCUUUUAAAUCCUUUCCAAUGACUUUAGAAUACCCAGGAAUCACAAUCACUUUAAAUAUUAGUAGUAAUAAUGAUAACGAAAGAAAUGCUUUAAAAGAAACUUUAGCACCAAGUGCAGGUUUAUUUCAAAAUUUAGCGAAUAUUUAUAAUGAGAAAAAUCAAAUUUGUAUUAGGAUUUUUAUAAACUUAAUAAUCGUUAAUGCUGUAAACAUUAUUAAUAAUGCUGGCAUUAAUAAUACCACCAACAAAAGAUUUUCUUCCUUAUUCGCAAGAAAUGUUCCUAACGAACAGCUUUUUAACUUGCCUUUACCAAGUACAAAUAACGGAAUAGGAAAACGAAUAAUCGAAACUCUUUUAAAUGAAAGUGAGAAUGUACUCAAUUCUCCAUUCAAUACAAAACAAGAAAAAGAUCUUGCAAAUAACCAUAGAUCUUAUUCAAUGAUAAAAAAUAAAAAGAACACAGCAAAUGAUUUAAUACGUUCACACACAGUUGUGAAAAGAGAAAUACGUGACGUCCCGUCAGUUGGUCAAGGCGAACUAGAAGUUAAACUGUUAGGUUCACCAAAUAUUCGACACGCUGAAUCAUACAAUUGUGCUGCCAUGUUAGGAAAGCAAUAUUUAUUGAUCGGAAAUGAUGAGGGUUUAUCUUUUAUGGAUUUCUCUGUUCGUUAUGAAGUGAUGAAACCAAUUCAAAUAAUGCGUGGAAUUCCAUUUAAAAAAUUACAAAUGUUAAACGAUUAUGGUAUAAUGAUUGCAAUAGCUGGAAAAUCACAAAAAAUCAGAAUAUAUCGUUCAUCAUCUUUACUACAUCUAAUCAAGUUUGUCCUUAAUUCUAAACCUCAAGUUUCUGUGGAUUUCUCAAAAGCUCCGGCUUUUUUAAAAAAAUUCACAGAUUCUGGCGUAAAAUGUGAACAAUGUAGUAAAAAUGCUGACGAAGGUGGUGGAAGUCUUGUAUCAGUCAAUGAUAAAGAGACUAAAAAAAAAUGUGACAAUUGUCGAAAGCAGCAACAACAACAACCUUCUUCAUUAUUGUCACAUAAAAAAGGUUCUAAAUCUCAAGACCUGCCUCUUAUUCCUUCCACUACCUCCACCACCACUGCUACUUUCCCCUCAUCCUCAACAUCUAAUCAAUCAAACACCACAACCGGAAAAUUUCAUCAAAAAUCUUUAUCAAAAAAUUUUUCUUCUCAUUUAACCGACUUCAUCCAACAACAGUUAUCAAAUUCUUUGGAGAAGGCUGAUAUCAGUAGUGAGGAAAAAUUAAAGGUUUUCCAAUGGGCAUCUGAUUACACUAAAUUGACUGAAAUCUCAAAAGAUUGUAUGACUUUUGAUGUCAAAGAAACAAAAAGCUAUCUUUACUUGGCUGUGUUAUCAUCAAAUCAUGUGAUUUAUUUAUUUGAAUAUUCAUUAGAAAAUAAUAAAGAUAAUAAUCCAUUAGAUAUAAAAUUCGUACAUACUCAAAAUUAUUAUAUUCCAGAAACACCUUGUUUCAUCAAUGUGUUGACUGGCAUGUAUCUAAUUAAACAUAUCAUAGUCGGGACUAAUUGCAGCAAAGCUAUAAUGAUCGAUGCUCAUACUUCAGAAGUGACUGAAAUUUAUAUGAAAAAAAAUCUUAUUCCUCGUUAUACCUUUAUCAUCAUCACAAGUUUUACAACCACAACCACAACCGCUAUUCCAACCACCAUUCCAACCACCAUUCCAACCAUCAUUACUGCCACCACCACCACCACCAAAAGAUCAAACAUUUCAACCAGCUUUGCCAAUGCAACAACCGCUACCACCACUACCACCGCCAAAUACUCAAUUUGA